ACUCAACAAUUCAACCCCGACAAGCUAAGAUAACUAGAGACUAAUGUCGCUCUUCGGGACAAAAUUGUAUGCCCAAGACCAAAACCAUGUGGUGAUGGAUAAUGGCAUCCUCAAAGUGACACUUUCAGUACCAGACGGUAUGGUUACCGGAAUAUGUUACAAUGGAGUCAACAAUUUGCUUGAAAUAGCUAAUGAAGAAACUAACAGAGGAUACUGGGAUGUUGUUUGGAGUCCAGCAGGAAGCACAGGAACAACCGGAACAUUUGAAAGGAUUACGGGCAGAAGUUAUGAAGUUAUAUUGCAGACGGAGGAGCAGAUAGAGGUUUCGUUCUCAACAACAUGGGAUGUGUCCCAGGAGGGAAAGCAUGCUCCACUUAACGUAGACAAAAGGUUUGUCCUGCUACGUGGAUCAUCCGGUUUUUAUUCUUAUGCAAUCUACGAACGUUUGGAGGGAUGGCCAGGCUUCAACCUUGAUGAGACAAGAAUUGCAUUCAAGCUUAGAAAAGACAAGUUUCACUACAUGGCAAUGGCGGAUAAUAGGCAAAGAUUCAUGCCCUUACCGGAUGAUCGGUUACCGGGAAGAGGACAACCGUUGGCUUAUCCUGAGGCAGUCCUACUGGUGGACCCCAUUGAGCCUGAAUUUAAAGGGGAGGUUGAUGAUAAAUAUCAAUACUCGUGCGAAGACAAAGACCACAAGGUACAUGGAUGGAUAUGUAUGGAACCACCGCUUGGAUUUUGGCAGAUUACACCUAGUGAUGAAUUUCGAUCUGGUGGACCUCUUAAACAAAAUCUCACUUCUCAUGUUGGUCCAACGAAUCUUGCGGUGUUUCUUAGUGCCCAUUAUGCUGGAGAAGAUCUAGUGCCAAAAUUUGAGCAAGGUGAACCAUGGAAGAAAGUUUUUGGACCUGUUUUUAUAUAUCUUAAUUCUGUGGUAGAAGGAGAAGACCCUCUCCGCUUAUGGGAAGAUGCCAAAACACAGUCCCUUGUAGAAAUUCAGAGCUGGCCUUACAGCUUUCCGGCGUCGGAAGAUUUUCAGUCGUCGUCUCAACGUGGUAGUCUUAGUGGCAGAUUGUUAGUCCUCGACAGAUAUAUUAGUAGCGAUAGUAUGCCAGCUAGUGGUGCAUAUGUUGGUUUGGCUCCGCCAGGGGAUGCUGGAUCAUGGCAAAGAGAAUGCAAGGAUUAUCAAUUCUGGACGAGAGCAGAUGAGGGAGGCUAUUUCUUGAUCACCAAUAUACGUACUGGAGACUACAAUCUGUAUGCAUGGAUCCCAGGAUUUAUUGGAGAUUAUAAGAAUGAUUCAAAAAUCACAAUAACCGCAGGAUGCAAUAUUGAGAUGAACGAUCUUGUUUUUGAACCACCAAGAAAUGGACCGACAUUAUGGGAAAUAGGCAUCCCUGAUCGUUCUGCACGCGAGUUUUACAUUCCUGACCCAAAUCCAAAUUACAUCAACAAGCUCUUCGUUAAUCAUCCAGACAGGUUUAGACAGUAUGGAUUAUGGGAGAGAUACACAGAGUUAUAUCCUGAUGGUGAUUUAAUUUAUAUAGUCGAUCAAAGCGAUUAUACCAAAGACUGGUUCUAUGCUCAAGUUACUAGAAAAAAGGACGAGACGACCUAUCAAGCCACAACAUGGCAAAUCAAGUUCAAGCUUGAAAGCAUUCCUCAAGAUGGAAGCUACACUUUGAGGUUGGCACUUGCCUCGGCAGUCCAAGCCAAUUUGGAAGUUCGACUAAACGAUCCGAGUAGCAAAGAUGCUCUAUUUUCAAGUGGAAUAGUUGGGAAGGACAAUGCAAUUGCAAGGCAUGGAAUUCAUGGCCUUUAUUGGCUCUUCAAUGUGGAGUUGGGUGGCAGUGUAUUGGUGCAAGGAGAAAAUACCAUUUAUUUUACACAGUCAAAUGGAAGCUCUCCAUUCCAGGGGUUAAUGUAUGAUUAUAUUAGAUUGGAGGGGCCUCCUCAAUAAAUAAAAUAGUGAAGUACAUAAGA